AUGGUACUGAUACUUCCCGUUCCCCUGAAGCCCGAGGAUGGCGAAGAUGUUUGCAGAGGCCCUGGUUUGUUCCAGGAACAGGACUGGUUGGCUAGACAGGCUGCGUACCGUAUGUUUCGCUUGCAAUGGGCUACAAAGGUUCACUGCUAUUUGAGCAUGCAACAAGUGACACAAGCUGGCUUGGGCACCCAGUGA